CCGUUCUUGAAUCGCCCCAGUGCAGCUCUCAACCAGCAAAAUGAGCCAAACUCUACUGGAGUACCUUUCCAUUGCCCUUCCAGCAAUACGAGUCGGUCGCACUACACCGUCUCGCAACACCACAAAUCCCCGUUAUGGUGCAGAUGAUAUCAGGAGCGUUGUUGAUUGGACAGAUUUCAACUACUCUACGAUUACUCAACGCUAUGGUACCAUGUUAAAUUCAAAGCGGAUCCGCCGCGAUCCAAUCGAAUCUCCUCCUGCCUCGAUAAACGACGAACCCCACUUCCAUUCCCGGUUCUCAGAGUUGGUUCAGCCUCGUGUUAGACGUGCGCUACGUGCUGGAUUUGAGCAACUCGCACCAGAGCUCCCGGCACGCCGGCUUUCACCAGUUACGUUUGAUGUAGGAAGCUCAGCUGCUCUUAUCGAUCAGUUUCGACCUGAUACUGCAUAUGUCGUAAUCGCAAGCGAAGUCUCGAGCUCUAAUCGAGCACCAGGUGAUCUGAAAGUAUCUUGGAAAUGGCAGUCUUCCUGGAAAAGCUCUUCAGACCCGAUCCAGAAGCGAGAAUAUAAGCAAGCUUUGGCUCAGGUUAAUUUCUACAUGGAUCAGCAUACCGCCAAGUAUGGGUUCAUCCUAACAAACAAGGAGCUUGUUGCUGUCAAGCGGCUAGACAGAAACGGCAGCUUGGCUGUCUCCACAGCGAUCGGGUGGACGACGGGAGGUGCAGGACAGUUAUCUGUGCUUCUUGCGUUAUGGUACAUCGGUAUGCUUGCAGCGGAGGAUGAUGAUUGGGCUUUGAAUGUUUAGAGAAACCUCAAGAUGCAAGUGUUCGUUCAAUGUUGCAUGCAUUUGUUACGUACUUCACAGUCUGUCUUGUAUUGCGAUUUCAUGUUAUCCCUUCUCGUUUAACCAUCGGGACUCGGUCUUAGUUGCAUUACCCGCAGGGUUCUCCGCCAGUGAUGACAAUCCAAAUGUUCCGGAGUAUGAGAUCGUGGACCGUGUUCGAAGCAUGACUGGCAGAUUACGACCUUAAGGCACCAAUAAUACCGUGAGCAGGGUUAUGCUGAACAAGCUGUCAAGGACCAAGCUUCUCACGGUCACUGAUUGACAAAGGUUGAUGCGUAAUGCCACAAUAUCCCCUAUCGCGAACUCGAUAUAGUUUGAUCUAGAACUACAUUUAAAUUACGUCCUGCACGGGGACAAGUGUACG